AUGGAUCCAUCAAGGUCAGCAGAGUGGUCGGAACUCCCUGGUGAACUGCUCCAGCUAAUAUCGUGCCGUCUAGAAAGCCCACUCUACCGCCUCCGCCUCCGCUCCUGCGUCUUCCGCGGCACUCUCCACGCCGUCGACAACACAGGCCGCACCGUCACCGUCGCCCUCCCCGACGCCUCGCUCGCCCUCGCCGCCGCCCCCGUCUUCGGCGGCGACAAGAAGUUCCUCGUGGAGUCCGACGGCGCGCUGCUGCUCGUCGACCUCUUCCUCUCCAACGACCGCGAGUUCGAGGAUUUCGACGACUUCGACGCGUUCGAGUGGGAGAGGACGGUGCGGUUCGACGUGUUUAGCCUCGACCGGGAGGGGAAGAGGUGGGUCGAGGUGAGGAGCUUGGGGGACAGGGUGCUGUUUCUGGGCGACGAUUGCGCCUUCUCUGCUUCCGCCAAGGAUUUGGGCGUUCGGAGAGGAAACUGCGUCGUUUUUAGGGAUGAUGGAUUGGGUGGCACAAGGGUUCAAAAUGGAAUGGGGGUUUUUUAUUUGGAUGAUGGCAAAAUUUCUCCCUUGCCAGAGUGUCCCGACUUUGCUCAGUUGUUCCGCCCGCCGGAUUGGCCCAGCUUGCAAUUGCAUUGAGGUUCAGUUAGAAUAGCUGAUCUUUAAGAAGAUUAUGCCCCCAGUCACCUAAUCUCAGUUAAGUAACAUGGGUGAGUGCUCCCGUGUAAGGUUGAAUAAGACUAAGAUGCUUGGAAGUGGUAGACCUAUUUGCAUCACUUGUUAAGCUCUUAACAUUUCGUUGAGUUUGAUCAAGCUUAUAUCGCUUAUUGAAUUACUGAUUGCUAUGAUCAUAAAAUUGUUAUCUCUUGUACAUACAAGGUUCAACAGCCUAAACUUUUAUCACUGCGCUAGUGGAGGCAAGACAAAGUCACUCUAAACUGCUUUCCAUCGAGACUUGUCAUUUCAUCCUAGUGGACAUUUUCUGUAUAGUUAUUUACAUUUUUUUCAUAUGCAAAUAAUGAAUUUGUAGAAUUAAUAAUUCAUUUGGCAUACCUGUUCUUCCUUUAAAUGACAAAGGAUGGGGAGGGAACAGUAUAUGAUACAAAUGCUGAAUCUUGAAUGACUAUGUAAUUCAGAACUGAAUAAUAUUUUGGCCUCUUUGAGUGUCCCGCGAUGCACUCUUGAGCCCCAUCUCAAACAGCAAAAUUUCAUAUGCUGUCAA